CACUGAAGUAAAAUUUUUCUGAGCCGGCCCUGCUUGCUUUAAUAGCGGUAGUCGCAAACAAAAACCAAAGGCAUGGCAGAGGAACCCGGCCCGGAACCUGGAUCCGGAACCUUCUCAAACGCCGUCAAUGGCGGUAAAACCGUGGAGGAAUGCGAAGACAUGAUUCAAAGAAGUCUUCGAACUCCAAUGGUGAAAUUUCUUUUGGAGCAUUUGCAGAAAUCUGGAUGCGUGGUCGGGGAUAAGUUUAUCAAGGCCGUUAAUUGCGACAAGCAGAUUGCCGGCGGUUAUGUCCGUGGUGAAGGGAUAAUGGUGUGUAGUAAUCACAUGAACUUCCAAGAUGACGUGAACCAAGUAGUUACCCAUGAGCUAAUUCAUGCAUUUGAUGAUUGUCGUGCUAAGAACUUGGACUGGGCUAAUUGUGCUCAUCAUGCUUGUAGUGAGAUUCGUGCUGGUCACCUGAGUGGUGAUUGUCACUACAAACGGGAAUUGCUGCGAGGUUUUUUAAAGAUGCGAGGUCAUGAGCAAGAUUGUGUGAGACGGAGAGUCAUGAAAUCAGUUAUGGCUAACCCUUACUGCUCUGAAGCGGCUGCGAAGGAUGCAAUGGAAGCUGUCUGGGACAUAUGCUACAAUGACACACAGCCCUUUGACAGAGCUCCUUGAAAGAUGGUUAUAACCACCUGACAAUACCAAACCACGCUGCAGCAAGAGAUUUUCUAAUAUUUGCUGCCUUGGCACACACAUCGCAUUUGAAGAGACAAUAGUUUACCUUGAUUGUAGGGUAUUGUUUUCUUUUUUAAUCAUUUGAUUAAAACAAAAAUUCUUUCAUUUCCGUUUCAAGAUGAUUGGGUCAGAAAAUGUCACCAUUAUUAUUCAGUGUCAUACUGAUUGUACAACACUAUUCUUCUGAGGUCACACUCACAGUUUAGAGGACAAGAAUUAUUUCUUCUUACCAGUUUUGUUGGAAUAAGGAUUAUUUUUUCAUGUUGA